AUGCUUCUGGAAAUGGAGCAGUUCACGCAGGAACGGAGCGGGAAUGGCUUGGAGAGAGACAGUGCUUUUGCUGCUUCAGGCAGGCCUUCGAGUGGCAUCAAUGCCGCAGUCGCUUGCCGCAGUGGCCUGUUCAUCUCAAGAUUCAGCCAGCCUGUGCGUGUUGUUGUCUGCUUGAGUCGUGCUCCGCUUAACAGCCAGGUGCGUGAAGAUAAUCUGCAUCGUUUGCAUGACUUCUGCGUGAAGAGUCCGCGCCCUGCUUCUACUGGACUGCCGUUGCAACACGAGCAUAAAUCGAGUGGUUGUGGCAGUAGGCAGUGCCUCGAGGUGAUGAGGAUGAUGGGGCAAGGCAUCGAUGGUCUUGAGGGUGUUGGGCUGCGGAACGUGGUCGAGGCCGUAAAGUUGCAGCAGCGGCUACAUGUCUCUCUGCAGAGGCGGCUGCAGAGUUUUCUGAGCGAGGUCAUGAUGAGAAGGGUGCACGCAAGACUGAAAGUCAAGGGUACAGGUGGCGGUCAAGUCAUGAUUGCCCUUCAGGAGCUGGUUCGGGACGAGGAUUGGAUCCUCCUCACCGAAACCGAGCAUGCGGCAACGAGAUCUUCGCGAGUGCGCAGUGUCGUGAGGGAAAACUUAGUCCUCAUCGCGAACAUCAUGCAGUUCUUUUCCAUCCGCAUCUUGGCCGCCGCAGUAGCUCUGAGCAGUUGCAUAUGUCGGGUGGGCCGACUGCAGCUGAGAUCGCAGCGGCCCGAUGGCGAGGAUGCGGUAGCCUCAGAUAAUCAGACGCCUUGUCACCUUGGCGAGUCAAAUAGCGAGGAUGCGAUUGCGGCCAGCUCGGCAGUUCUGUUUACACGCGGAUUUUUGCUGGAUCAGGUGCUCCGUGCAGAGCCCGAGGCAGACUCCCAGGUCUUGGAUCCAGACGAAUCUUCGCCGCUUCCCUUCUUGCCUGAGCUGUCACACAUGGAUGGGCUCCGGCGCCGCCAGAACCAGCCCACCAAGGACCGCAGCUGGCUCCAGUUCGGCCUCGGCGCGUCCGACCCUCGGGCAGCCACGGCAGCGAGCGUGCUGCAGACACCAGACCUGCUAUGCUCGUUCAAGGAACUGGCAACUUUGGAGGUUGUUUCUUGUCGUGAUGGCUUUGAGGCCUUUGACGCUCCCGGCCUGGUGUUCGACAGGGCAAAGUGCUACAAAGAGCAGAUCCUGGCCAGCAAACGAGCGCUGGACAAACUAAGGGCGGACGAGUGCUGGACUCGUGUUGACUGCGAUGGUGAUUACAUACGACGCGUUGCAGGGACUGUGGGGACUGUGUCACCUCUCUUCAAGAUCAAGGACGCCUUAAUGGAGGUCUACUCAGAGGAUCCACCGAACCUCCCGGACCUGGAGGAUGUUCUCAAGAACCUGUCACAGCUGGACUACCAGGCCUACUGCACAAUAUUUGCCAUCAACGGCGGGCCAGAGAGCUUCAGAAAGUACAUGGCUGAGGCAUCAAAUUCUUUGGAUGUGGUCAUCAAGGACUUCGCCGCGCUUGCCAAGGCAGGGAAGACAAGGGCUUGGGGCGUUCUUGCGCUCUUGAGUUCUUGGCAAGCUUGA